AUGGCGCCACAAACCAAUGCGUCUUCGGUGGAGGACUUGGACGUGGUCAUCAUAGGGGCUGGCAUUUCCGGAAUCAACCUUGGCUAUCGCUUGCAGGAGCGAAACCCCGACCUCAAAUGGACCAUCCUCGAGGGCCGUCACGAGAUUGGCGGAACGUGGAGUUUAUUCAAGUAUCCAGGCAUCCGGUCGGAUUCGGACCUCUACACCUUCGGCUUCCCGUGGCGACCGUGGAAUGAAAAGGGCGCCAUCGCGCAGGCGGACCGCAUCAAGAACUAUGUGAACGAAUCCGCGCGGAUCUACGGCAUCGACAAGAAGAUCCGCUUCAAACACAAGGUCGACGCCGCGAAAUACAGCUCGGCACAGAAGCAAUGGACCUGCGACGUGACCAUCGACGGGAAGCAAUCCGCGACGAUCAAAAGCCGUUUCAUCGUCCUGUGCACCGGCUACUACGACUACCACAACCCGUUGAAGGUCUCCAUCCCGGGCAUCGACAACUUCAAGGGUCCCGUCAUCCACCCGCAGUUCUGGCCCGAAGAUCUGGACUACUCCGGGAAGAACGUCGUCGUGAUCGGAUCCGGGGCCACGGCCGUCACCCUGCUGCCGGCGAUGGCGGAGAAGGCAUCCCACGUCACCAUGUUGCAGCGGUCGCCGGGAUACGUCAUCUCGAUGCCCCAGGAGGACGGCAUCGAGAAGGUCAUCCGCAGCUGUUUCUCCUGGGCGCCCGCGUUCCAACACUCGCUCUUCCGGGCCAAGUGGAUCGCCGCCUCGAUGCUCAUCACCACGCUGUCGAAAUAUCUCCCGUCCGUCACCCGGCGCAUCGUAUACUCCUGGAUGGACCGGGACCUCCCCGCCUCGACCCCGCGAGACCCGCACUUCGCGCCGUCCUACAACCCGUGGGAGCAACGCAUGUGCCUGUGCCCGGACGGGGACUUCUUCAGCAGCCUGCAGUCCGGCCGGUCCAGCGUGAUCACCGACACGAUCCAGACCGUCACGCCCGACGGCAUCCGACUGACGUCGGGGAAAGAGCUGCACCCCGACAUCAUCGUCACGGCGACCGGCCUCCAGCUGCAGUUCGCCGGCGGCAUCGCCCUCUCCGUCGACGGGAAACCCUUCGCCAUCGGCGAGAAGUUCAUCUGGAAGGGGAUGAUGAUCGAGGACCUGCCGAACGCGUCCUUCUCGAUCGGCUACGUCGACGCGUCGUGGACGCUGGGCGCCGACGCCAGCGCCCAGCUCUUCUGCCGGCUGCUGGCGGAGAUGCAGGCCGAGGGGAGCCGGGAGGUGACGCCGCGCAUGGACGACAAGGAGAAGUCCUCCAUGCACGUCUACCCCAUGCUGCGGCUGUCGAGCACGUACGUGAAGAAAUCCGCCCACCUGAUGCCCAAGUCGGGCGACCGCGGGCAGUGGGUGCCGCGGUCGUAUUACCUGCGGGACAUCUGGAACGCGUGGUACGGGGACAUCCGCACGAGUCUGCAGUGGUCUUGA